AUGAUUCUCUUAGAGAAACAUGUCUCAAUCGACGCCUUGAACGAACGGGGUCAAACAGCGCUUCAUAUCGCCUCCAAGGGCGACAAGGCGGCAUUUGUCGGGGUUCUUCUGAAGACUGAUGCAGAACGUGACAUGUUUGACAUCUUGAGUAGAACACCAGCACACCUUGCCGCUUCUAGCUCUGGACUGAGGAGUCUCCGCAUCCUUCUCAAAUACGAACCAGACCUCAGCAUCGGCCCAUGCAUCAACGGCCGCCGGGCCACACUUCACGUGGCUAUUGAUAACUUGGAAACCAUUGAGUUGCUCGGUAUACACGGGGCGGAUCCCAACCAUCCCAAGGCAGAUGGAUACACUGCUCUACGCCUAGCUAUCGCCUGGGUGCAAUAUCCAGUGGUUGAAUACCUUUUGCAACACGGCGGGGAUGCGGCAAAGACUACACAGGAUGGGCUCACUGGCUUUGGACUUGCAAUACAAAGUUCCGAAUGA